AUGACAACAGCAGAUAGACAACAGAAUCCGCAGAUGGCGGUGGUGUGGCUCCUUGAGGAGCUCGGGAUCGUGUCCAUGUACCAAUCGAAGCGCGACAUUAAGAUCCUCUGCCUGCAACGACUCGUUCGACUAUUUGCGUUCGGCGCAUCUACGCUCGUCUUGAUCCCUUUCCUAGUGGAGCAACACAUGUCCCAGGCCCACGUCGGGAUUUUCAUGUCCCUCACGCUCAUCGGCAGCGUCGGUGUCAGCUUUAUGCUAACUCUUUCCGCGGACAGGCUGGGCCGUCGGAGCGUUAUCAUUCUCGGCGCAGUUUCGAUGGCUGCUAGCGGCUUAACUUUCGCCAUGUCCAGCAGUUAUUACCUUCUUCUCGGAGCGGCCAUUAUCGGAUUCAUUAGCCCAAGCGGAAACGAAGUUGGCCCCUUUCGAGCUGUCGAGGAAAGUAUUGUUGCACAUCUGACCCUCCCCCACCAGCGGAGUGAUGUUUACGCCUGGUACGGCCUUCUUGGUCCCGUCGGGAGCGCACUUGGCGUCAUCACCUGCGGAUGGGUUCUCUCCUAUGCUCAUGAGCAAUUGAGAUGGUCGCAUCUGGAUAGCUACAGAGGUAUCUUCUAUGCCUAUGCCGUUUUUGGCCUGAUCAAAGCCUCACUGGCAGUCAUGCUCAGUACUGCUGUUGAGUUCGAGCCUGAGAUCGAUAAACAAGUCGAAGGAGACAGCACCAUCGCACGCGAUCCUGCCGAAACGGCACCACUUCUCCAGAACAACUCUGCCGAAGGCCCCCCCAUCGAGAACCAAGAGGAAUCCCCACGGCCAUCGCCUACCUUCUUUGGCGGUAUCAGCCACGCGAGUAUUCGAAUUGCUCUACCACUCUGUAUUUUAUUUGCCUUGGACAGCUUUGGUUCAAGCCUCACUCCCCAGUAUGUCGUCGCCGUUUCUCGGACUCCAAAGACCCGUCCCCCGCUUUAG